GGGAGGGAGGCGGAGCGCGGCGCCGCAGCCCCGAGCCCGAGCCCGGGCCGGCGGCUCCGGGAGCCCUGCGGAGCGCUGCGGAGCGGCCCCGGGGGAUGCCCCGCGGCGGACAGUAGCCCGGCCGCCCGGUGCAUGGCACAGCUAUGGAGGUGGUGGACGAGACGGAGGCUCUGCAGCGCUUCUUUGAAGGCCAUGACAUUAAUGGAGCUCUGGAGCCAUCUAACAUCGACACUAGCAUCCUGGAAGAGUACAUCAGCAAGGAGGACUCACCAGAUAUCUGUUUCCCUGACAUCCCUGCUUCAGCUGGCUAUGCGCACCCCCAGCCCUCCAGCUCAGCUGCCAUCAGCGCGCCUCUUCCCAGCUCCGUCGCCAGCGCUGGGCAUGUCACCAACCCCGCUCCCAGCGGUUCCCUCCACCUUCCUCCCCCGGGCGGCCAGAUCCCGAUCCGUCAUGGUCCUCUUCUGGCCAACCCUUGCGGACCCAGCUACGGUGCUCACCUCAACUGCAAUAACAACAAUGGCAUGGUGGUGCCCAAGGGCUACCUUGGUGGCCACUGCCUAAACAACGUGGUCCCUCCAAUCAAAUCGGAGCCCAAGGCCUCCUACGCACCUGGCACUUUACCUGACUCUCCCCCGGACUCUGGAUCAGAAGCCUACUCCCCUCAGCAGGUGAAUGACCCUCACCUCCUCCGGACCAUGACCCCCGAGAACAUGUGCCACAUGACUCCCCCGUCUCGCCUGGAGCACCCCCCUCCGCCGCCACCUCCACCGCCGCCCCCCCACCUGCAGGGCCCCCCUCCACCUCCCCCCCACCCGCACCAGCCCCAGCACAACCCUCACUUCCCCAGCCUGCAGCGGGACAUGUACAUGAAGGCUGAGCCCCUGAUGCCGCCCUACGGCAUCGGGCAGGGCAUGGCGCCGGCCGACCUGCACCAUGCCCAGCAGUCGCAGAUGCUGCACCAGCUACUCCAGCAGCACGGAGCAGACCUCCCGGUGCACCCUGCCAAGAAGAGGAAACACUCUGAGUCGCCCCCCAACACCCUCAAUGCACAGAUGCUCAACGGGCUGAUAAAGCAGGAGCCAGGUAUGGGGUCCAUGCCGCUCAACCCUGACAGAGUCCAAACGCCUCCCUGGCACCAGCCGGGACCACUCUCACCAGGCCUGAUUCAGGACAAUGACAGUUUAAAUGGUUCCUACCUGGAUCCCAACUACCAGUCUAUAAAGUGGCAGCCGCAUCAGCAAAACAAAUGGGCAACCCUCUAUGAUGCCAACUACAAAGAACUCCCCAUGCUCACGUACCGCGUCGACGCUGACAAGGGGUUCAACUUCUCAGUGGGUGAUGACGCCUUUGUGUGCCAGAAGAAGAAUCACUUCCAGGUCACGGUCUACAUCGGCAUGCUUGGAGAUCCCAAGUAUGUGAAGACCCCUGAGGGCCUGAAACCCUUAGAGUGCUUCUACCUGAAGCUGCACGGAGUGAAGCUAGAGGCCUUGAACCAGUCAAUCAACAUAGAGCAGUCGCAGUCUGACCGCAGCAAACGGCCCUUCAACCCUGUUACGGUCAACCUGCCUCCAGAACAGGUCACGAAGGUCACUGUGGGGCGGCUGCACUUCAGUGAGACCACGGCCAACAACAUGCGGAAGAAAGGCAAACCCAACCCAGACCAGAGGUAUUUCAUGCUCGUGGUAGCCCUGCAAGCACACGCACAGAACCAGAACUACACGCUUGCAGCCCACAUUUCUGAGCGCAUCAUCGUCCGAGCCUCCAACCCUGGCCAGUUUGAGAGUGACAGUGAUGUGCUCUGGCAGCGGGCACAGCUCCCUGAUACUGUUUUUCACCAUGGCCGGGUUGGCAUCAACACAGACCGCCCUGAUGAAGCCCUUGUGGUCCAUGGCAAUGUGAAGGUCAUGGGUUCACUGAUGCACCCGUCAGACAUCCGAGUGAAGGAGGACAUCCAGGAGGUGGACACCACAGAGCAGCUGAAGAGGAUCUCCCGUAUGCGACUAGUACACUACAACUACAAGCCCGAGUUUGCAGCCACAGUGGGCAUUGACAACACCUCUGAGACAGGUGUCAUUGCACAGGAGGUAAAGGAGAUCCUUCCUGAAGCUGUGAAGGACACUGGGGACCUGGUCUUUUCCAAUGGAAAGACCCUCGAGAACUUCCUGGUGGUAAACAAGGAGCGCAUAUUUAUGGAGAACGUGGGAGCUGUGAAGGAGCUGUGCAAACUGACAGACAACCUGGAGACUCGCAUCGAUGAGCUAGAGAGGUGGAGUCACAAGCUGGCCAAGCUCAAACGGCUCGACAGCAUGAAAUCAACUGUGAGCUCUGGGACAUUCAGCCAAGCAGGAAGCCAGUUCAGCCGUGCAGGAAGCAUGCCGCACAAAAAGAGGCCCCACAAAGUAGCCAGCAAGUCACCAUCGGUUGUCCCGGAGCAGGCGUGUAUCAGUCAGCGCUUCCUGCAAGGCACCAUCAUUGCCCUGGUCAUCAUCAUGGCCUUCAGUGUGGUGUCCAUGUCCACACUCUAUGUGCUGAGCCUGCGCAGCGAGGAGGACCUUGUGGACAUCGAUGGCUCUUUUGCUGUGCCCACUGCCUGUCUCCUGGCCCUCUUUCGGCACAGGGGUCCUGGGGUCCCGGUCGCUCUAUGCCCACGGGCAAGCCAAAACUUUGAUAAAACACAGAUGGUGCGAUCCACAGCUGCAUCAGACAGAGCCAGUAGCAAGACCCCCACACAGCACGUCACAGCAAACAUGCUUGACUUGCUCAGCAGUUCACCCGGUCACAGUGUGCUAGCGUGCUUCAACCCACCUUGUUUCUCCAUGUGCUGCUCUGCUGCUCCCACCAACGUCUCCCCCAUUGCCCUCUCUGAGACCAGCCCUACUCAUGCCACUAACAGGACAGACCAAAGUCAGACCUCACUCCUGCCAGUGACAAAUAUCAAAGCCAAAUCCAGGGGCGUCACCGGAAAAGCGACCUCCUACACCAAGUGGCCAAAGACGCCUGACAGGUCUCAGAGCUUCGGCAGCCCCAGUGCCAGCCCCUCCUCCCCCUUCACCCACCUCCAGGGCAAAUCCAAGUACAUCUCCAACCUCUCGCUCUCCCGCAGCAACUCCCCGCUGGGGCAGGCCCGGCAGCAGCGCAGCGUCAACCAGCCGGUGAGCGAGUGGCCCCACACAGAGGAUCCCAGCACGGAUGGGCCAAGCCCAGUGCUGCACUCCAUCCGGAUCCUGGAGAUCGACAUGGCCAUCCAGUCCCAGUACUGCACAGCCAGCAACGCAUGCAGGACUGGGAACUUCACCUACCGCAUCCCUGUCAGCCAGCUCACAGCAGUGAACACCAACCUGACCCUGGAGAUGAACUCCUCUUCCACGUUGACCAUCUCCCUUUGUGGCCUUGUCUCCAGUGACCCCUGCCAGGAUGCCGUGAGCACAGACAGCUCCACCAAUGCCACGGACACACAGGAAACAACGCACCGUUGGCCGCUUGUGAUGAUGUCUUUCAGGGAGUUCACCUACCACUUCAGAGUAGCACAGCCUGGCCGAGCCAACUGCAGCACUACUCCCGAACAGAUGGGACACCUUUUCACUGACUAUUAUUUUCAGUUUUACUGGCUCUGUGAGUGAGUGCUGGCAGCACCAGAGCCCUCUGGUUGGAGAGAGGAGCGGGACUGGUGACACUGGGGAGACUCCCGUACACCCUCCUCCAAUAGCCCCCAGCCCCACCUUACCCCCAUCACCUGCUUCAGGCGUGGAGCUGGUUUGGUUGUGGCUGGUGAUGCAGACACCGAAGCACAGCACACACAGAACAUAGGACCUAAGCCACAGAAACACAACCAGCCCUGCAGUGUCUCCUGGGCUCACCUAGCACCAACUCCUGCCACCCCACACUGCCCCGAACACCUCUCCAUCCCUUAUGGGGACGCGUGUGUCUCCCAUUGCUUCUCCUGCCCCCUGUGACACUGGAUUUGAAAGCAUUACACUGGACUGAAUGUGGACAGGUCUGCCGCAUCCCAGAGCACGGAUGGGAGCUCCAUCCUGUACUGGCCCAGUGGUCCCAGAUGUGCCACGUCAGUUCCCCGCAACACUGGAAUUGCUCAACACUGGAGCCCUUUCCAGGAGGGAAACGCUGGAGUUUCACCUGGAAAGGAAGGCUGUGCCUGGACGUACUGGAAGUCGUACACUGGAGUUGCUGUUCCUUCUAGUUGGCCCAGGGCCAUCCCCUGCAGCCCCCCUCCACAGACCCCUGGAGACCCCAGGACCCCUGAACAGACCAUUCUCUGCGGACAGCAAGAGAAGGUGCAGCUUCCACGUUUGCCCUGCCUGUCCCCCUCUCCUCACUGUACUCUGUCACCGUAUCCAGGUCUGGAUGGAUAAAUGUAAGAACCCCACUGAAGAUGCUGCUGAGGCUGUGCCCAGGCCAAACCACACGUGGGGACGCUUGCCAUCAACCCAUGGGAGAAAAAUUCCCCCAAGCCACCUGUGUUAAGUGUCAUGGGGACCUGUUUCCUUCAUUUGCCAGCAGCGCGUGGCCUCUCGCAGUGCAUGUGGAGCUGCCCAGUCGGCUCUUGAGUCAACGCAGCCCCUCCACCCAGAUGUGCUGAGAACAACCACCAGCAACGCCCAGCUCAUGCUGCAGAGCCAGGCUGGGUCGCUGGGGGUGCACGGUGUGAUCUCACUGCACCACCAGGCUAAUGGAUCUCUGCCAGGCACUGGCAAAAAGAGGCUGAUUUUCUGCCACUAAGGAGGAGACAGCAGUGACUGUGGGUCCUCGCUGUCACCGUUCUCAGAAAGCAGUGAUGUUGAGUGUACUUUGGGUAUCUUUACUGUUACAAGUUCUUAACUUGCUAAACUACUGAUUUUUUUUUUAAAGCCGUAUAAAAAUGGGUCUCUUAAUUCUGUCGCUGUUGAGCUAUGUGUGUCUCACAUAGGAAACCAAAGGGGGCCACUGCUAAGCUCCACGUUAAAGCUUGACUGCUACAGCGGUGCCAGGACGUGUCAGAGUGACCAGCGCUCAUGCGUCCUGCCCCAGCCCCUCUCGCUGAAGAAGGAGCCCUCUGCACUCCUGGAGGCUGAGCCACCACCGGGUCCAUACAGCCGUGACUCAUUUUUCUAAGGAAGCAGCAGCCACUGCUGUGGAAGGGUGGUGAGGGGGAAACACCACUCCUCAGUCCUGAAGGAAACUAAAGCUGGCUUCAGAGAAGAGCAACCUUGGCCCUUGCGGUCCCAUCACUGGACACAGGCAGCUCAAACCUGUUUUUGGGGAACUGCAGCAGGCUCUGGCUGCUGCAUUUUGUUCCUGUCAGUGGAGGUGGAUGCAGCAAUCCCUCUGCCACCACCAGCUGGCUCGGCUGCUCCGGAGAAAGAAGCUGCCAAGAUGUUUUAGCCGAUAGAGAGAUGGUUCCUGCGUGCACCUCGUGGGACCCUACCCUGCCUUCCCUCCCCAGCCUGGGGAGCAGUUUUAUCUCCUGUCACCUGCUUCAGAGCUCCCUUCUGAGUUUGUCCCAGCAGAGCAGCCAUAGCCUUGCCCUUCUUGCAGCAUCACUGGAGGUUUGUGUCCCUGCCUCCAGAGGACCUGGCCUUUUAUUUGCAGGGCAGAUUUGAGGUCAGGUCUUCAUUCCCAUGCCGUGCCUGUGGGCAGCAAACAGCGAACUGCAGUGGUGAUGCCCUCCAGCUACUAAAAUGCACUGAAGCCUGGGCAGCCAGGAAACGGAGGGUGAGCAGGGGAUGCCAGACAGCCAAGCGGGAAUGAAGCUCACGGAGGCCUUCUGCCCCGCUGUGGGGAGCUUGGAGAGAGAGCAAGAGGUCCAAAGGUGUGGGAGUACCUACGCACAAACAGGUCAGCUCCAUUUCCAGCAGGAUUUUCUGCUGCCUGCAGCUGGUAGGGAAACCCUCCAACGUAGUGCUCCAGAGAGGAUGCUCGAUGCUCUUCUCUUCACCUGCCCGAAGCAUUUUUGCCAAGCCUUAACCUGUGAAGUUGCUUUUUUGGCAGCUUGUACUCUCCAGUUGGCAAUCAGUGGCCCAGGCUGGCAAGUCCUUACUGAGGCCAGCGAUGCCCUGUGCGCCUCAAGGUCUGCUCAGUGGAGAGAUAGCCUUCUCACACCCAGCCACUGUUUUCCCUUACUGCCGAACGGGCCUCAAUGCCCGUGCUCUUUCUCAGCCCCCGCAGAGGCAACGGGCGGUGCCGUGAGGGCCAGAGCUGAAAGCGCUGCCUGCAAUCCCCACCACCGACCCCCCUCACUGAUGGUCACGGCUGAGGGCAGCCGAGAGCCAGGCGUGCUUCUCCCCUGCUGCGGGGGAAGCUGCUCCGAGGGGGAAGGAAGCAAUCAAUCACUGGAAACGCUAGCAGCGGUGGCCCAGGAGGAGAUGGAGUCUCUCAGGUGUCCCUGCAAUGCUUAGCCAUGGGGUUUAUGAGGGCCCCAGCGAACCAAGUGCCUAAGGGCUAUGGGAACAUCUCUAGUGCCUUUUUCUGCUAACAGGACUGUACAAGGGAACGGUGGUUUCCCCUGCGUGUACUGAAUGCUGCGUGCCUCAAAAACAGUGGCCAGUUAGCUCAAUAAAUGAGGGGAGGCAAUACCUAACAUGCAACGGGUGGUCUGAGCCCCCAUACAGCUGUUUUACAGCAGAAAAACACACGGGCUGACAGCAAUCCACAGUAUCAGAUUCCGAAUGCCAUCUUCGGCAUCUUAUGUUGCUGAAAACCCUAUCUUCUGUCUUAAAGUACAUCACAAAUCAUACACCAGUUCCACGGGCAGCUGCACAGCAGCCUGACAGCAAGGCAGGAACGAGCUCGGAGGGGUAUUGUAGUGUUGAAAGGGUCACAGGAUUGCUGCUAAGCCCACAGAACCAGCUGUUUGCACAGACUGCCCCUAGAGGUUCCCGCCCCACCCAGCGGUAACUACAGCCGUGUUCCCCAACCCCAAUCAGUAACAGGAGAGUUAACAAUCAGGCCUUUCCCUGCAUGAGACGGAGGGAGCUCUGAGCCACUGUCUCCAGCCUUCCAGCCUGGGGAAAACCCUCUCUUCGGCUGGAAACAAGAUGCUUCAUCUCUCUAGACAUUCUUGGCAGGAAGGAAGACGAGCGUGGAUACGAGGCCACUUGCCAAAGUUUGGCUGUUUCGGAGUUUGUUUCAAAAGCAAAUUCACAAACAUUCUGUCCUACUGUUAGAGCUUAAAGCCUGUAAAUAGAGACUAUGCCACCACUGCAAGAAUUAAGAAAAAAAAAAAAGUAAAGCACUAAUUUGUUUGGUUUAAAUGUUGCUGUCACAGCUUUAAUCACUGUAUAUUGCCAGCAAGUUUGUAGAAUUGCCUUCUUAGCAGGUAUUAUUGAUUAUCGGUUUUUAUUUGUGGGAAACAGGCGUGGUUUCCCUCCUUUCUUUCUGAUUUAUAUUUAUAUUUUGCCGAAUUUGAGUGCUGAGUCUCCGGAUCCCCCACUUUUUUGUUUGGCUUAUUUAGACUUUGUUUUAUGCUCGAGGUAAAUAUGCCCAUAUAAAUAAAUAUAUAAAUACCGCUUUGUAUCCAA